CGCGCGCCGAUCCAUCCACCGAAAGCCCACACGAAAGAAGGAGCACGCGCGAGGAUGGCGGGCACAACCACCACCGGCGGCGGCGCGGGGGGAGCGGCGCAGGGGGGCCGCCGGGCGCUGGGGCUGCUGGCGAGCGUGGCGAAGCGGAAGGACGGGUUCGUGCAGCUGCUGCUGAUGUCGGGCAUCCUCAUGAUGAGCCUGCGGUCCCUGAGCCAGAAGCACCGCGUCCGCGACCUCGCCAACGACGCCGCCGAGCUCAGCCUCGAGCAGGAGCACAUCUCCCACCGCAUGCGCGAGCUCCAGGACGAGCUCGACCGCGAGGCCGGCGCCGACCCCUCGGGCGCGUUCGCCUCCCACCUCCGCCGCAUCUUCGCCGCCCACCCUCCCACCCCCACCCCCGCCGCCACCGCCACCGCCACCGAAGACCACUAGCUCCAUCGUCCCCGUCCAGACCGUGGCGGCGCGCCUUGCUCAUCGGUGUCUUCGUCCCUGUUUACUCUUUGAGAUCUCGGUUCUUGGCUUGUGUUAGAUGCUUCUGAACCAUGACCGUGCACGCCAUGUGUUUGUGGAAAUGCCGGAGAGGGGCCGCCGGAUUGUAUCCAACCGGAAACCACAUUUCGUUACCUGCUACUCACAGCGCGCCACAUUGUGCUGCACUUGAUUGGAUCAAUUUUGCAUUUCCUCUAUAUAUUCAAUAAUUUUCUGA